GAUUCGGUGAAACUGCAGGGCGUGAUGACGACAGAGCGAGUGACGCAGUUGUCAGUCUCCCAGGCAGCAGUUGAGACCGUUUGGCGAAGAUGGCGGACUCGCUGUCGACAGGUCUGGGAGAGGAGCAAGAGAAGGAGAAGGAGGACAGUGAGAGGGACAGAAAGGCUGCCAAAACAGAGAAGAACAAGGAGAAGGACGGUGUCACGGAGACGUUGAGGAUCAACAAUAAAAAUGGCGGCAGUAAAGGAAAGAAACGCAACCUGUCAGAUCUGUCUCUGGUCAGAUUUAUAACUACUGAGCUCACCAGAGGCUACUUCCUGGAACACAAUGAGGCCAAAUACACCGAGCGCAGAGAGAGGGUCUACACCUGCCUCCGCAUCCCCAAGGAGCUCGAGAAGUUGAUGACGUUCGGCUUCUUCCUCUGUCUGGAUGCCUUCCUCUAUGUGUUCACCCUGCUGCCCCUCAGGGUGAUUCUGGCCCUUUUACGGCUCAUCACGUUGCCUUGCUGUGGCCUCAGUGGCUCUCGCCUGCUCCAGCCAGCCCAGGUGUGUGACGUGCUGAAAGGCUUCAUUAUGGUGUUGUGUUACUCUAUGAUGAGCUACGUGGAUUACUCCAUGAUGUACCACCUGAUCAGGGGACAGUCUGUCAUCAAGCUGUACAUCAUAUACAACAUGUUAGAGGUGGCGGACCGCCUGUUCUCGUCAUUUGGCCAGGACAUCCUGGACGCUCUGUACUGGACAGCCACAGAACCCAAGGAGAAGAAGAGAGCGCACAUAGGCGUGAUUCCUCACUUUCUCAUGGCUGUGCUCUACGUCUUUCUCCAUGCCAUCCUCAUCAUGGUUCAGGCCACCACUCUCAACGUAGCCUUCAACUCCCACAACAAGUCCCUGCUCACCAUCAUGAUGUCAAACAACUUUGUCGAGAUCAAAGGAAGUGUGUUCAAGAAGUUUGAAAAGAACAACCUCUUCCAGAUGUCUAACAGUGACAUAAAAGAGAGGUUCACCAACUACAUCCUCCUGCUCAUCGUCUGUCUGAGAAACAUGGAGCAGUUCUCCUGGAACCCUGACCACCUCUGGGUGCUGUUUCCUGAUGUAGUCAUGGUGAUAGCCUCAGAGGUUGCCGUGGACGUUGUCAAGCAUGCCUUCAUCACCAAAUUCAAUGACAUCAGUGCUGAUGUGUACGGGGAAUACAGAGCCAGCCUUGCAUUUGACCUUGUCAGCAGUCGACAGAAAAAUGCUUACACAGACUACAGUGACUCAGUAUCCAGAAGAAUGGGCUUCAUCCCCCUUCCUUUAGCUCUGCUGUUGAUCAGAGUAGUGACCAGCUCAGUGAAGAUCCAGGGCUCGCUCUCAUUUAUGUGUGUGCUCCUGUUUUACCUGGGGAUGAUCACUCUGAAGGUGCUCAACAGCAUCGUUCUGCUGGGGACGUCUUGUGUGUUCGUCAAAGAGGCCAACAUGGAAGAAAAGCUCUUCGACCCUCCACCCUCCGCUGUCUCCAGCCGUGCAAACUCCCGAGCUCACCGCACCAAAAACGUUCACACUGCACCACCGCAAGAACCCACAACCGACAAAGGAGGAAUAUCACUGGCAUCAGACAAUCCUCAGCCGGCCAACAUGGCAGAGAGCGGCGCUCCCACACUCCCUAAGAGCGACUCGGACACAUUCCUAACUACGCCAGACGGGGAGGACGAUGACAAAAUCAUCAACACCAACACAGGACUGGAAGGGGACGGACUUGAACCCAGAACGCCCAAGAAAGAUUUGCUGGAAAUAGACCGUUUCACCAUCUGUGGCAACCGAAUAGACUGAAUGUCAUAUAAAACAACCAGUGAGUGUCCUGGCAAAACAGCAAGGUUCAGGGAUCAGACACGGGUCACGGAGCAUGCUCAGACCAUAUUGUUGUGCACCUGACCCCUGGAAUAUUUAUUUAUUUAUUACUGACAAAACCAGCUAAGGCAUAAAGCUGUUACAAAAGCAUAAAAGGCCGCUUCAGAUGUUUCCAUCUGGUCCAAUCGGUGCCCAGUGAACCAGGAAGACUCUUGAGGAUGGCUCUUGGUUGUCAUGGCAACCUGCGGACAUGCUUGCGGAUGACGACGAUGACUGGCAUGCAUAGCUGGAGCAGAGCGGGAAGAGAGAAACAAAUCUGUAUAUGUGAAAUUGUACAACGUGGGUCGCUGUGUUCUCACAGGAACAUGACAGCUGGACUGUGCGGGUAUGUGUUCAAAAGCACAAUCAUAUGUACAGCGCAGAGUUGUUUUUAGAGAGAACAAAACUUGUCAAUUUUUGUACAUUUUUUUAAUUUCAAAAGCCGGAAAAAUUCAAAUAUUUAAAAUGAAGUUUUUUUAUGAAGUAUCUCGGAUCUUUUUUCUAAAAUCGUCCGUGUUCAACUGCAGGACUAAGACUCCCAAACACAUUAACACAUUGUUAAAAUCUCAAAGUCGCUCUGCAGGCACACACACACACACACACCAACACACAUUUAAAAGGAUCUUGUUUAAAGCAAGUUACUUUGGUGAUGUGCCCAGAUGUCCAUAGCUGUCGACAUGGCAGCAGUGACACUAAGUACAGUUCUGCAUGAGUGCAAUGUCUUCAGUCGACAUCCUCAUGGCUUGGUCACAGCGGUGACUUUAUCUUUUAGACACAGAUAAAAGUUUGGAGGUUUAAGUAUCGUGUUUGUGUUGAUAUUGUUACUUUGAAGCACUGAGAUAAGAUUGUGCCUGUUUGUAAAGGCACAAGUAUUUAUUUUGAAGUGGACGCUAAGCCAGACAAGUUUGAAAGAUAUUUCAUUUUUAAGUGACUUUCCCCCCCAAUAAGCUUCGUGUGUACCGUCAUCAUUCAAGCAUGUAGCCUACAGAUAAUCAUGUCUUGGUGUAACACCACUGUGUUCUUGGUCUCAUUUUAAAAUCAUGGUGUGUGUGACAUUGGCAUAAACUUAACAUGUGUUUCAAUUCUUUAUCAUUAUUUUGACAGUAGUUACAUGUAUACAGGUAAAAUGUUAAAGGAUACCUGAAGGCUGAGACAUGGCUCAUAUCAGCACUGCGAUCACGUAAAAGCAGUGAACCCAGCAAUUUUUAUUUGUCAGAGAGAUAUACAAUAGGAAAAAUCUGAUUGAUCCCUAAAGGUUGCUGGCAUUGUUUGAUGUGGUUGGCUUUUGGCUUUGAUUCCAAAUAACUUUGUACCCAACAGUCUUUAGAUGCUGUGAAAGCUGGAGGCACUGUUUGACAAAUAAACAGUAUAACUCCGGCCUGAAGUGCCAGGAGUUGCAUGUCCUGGGCAAAUGCUAGGUCCAACCUAGCCCCAAAUUUUGCCUCUCAUGUCAAAACUCCAUUUCAUUACAUUGGAGCCACAGUGCAACAUUUGAUUUUUUUCAAAAAAGAAAUACCUGUUGAUCCUUGAAAAACCCUGAAGAUCUUUUAACAACACUUAUUGCUGUUCUGGAGAUAUUUCCACAAUCAUCAAAAACUCAUCGAACAAUCUGAAUGGAAAAAAAUAAUCUGUUUGCUGCGCAGUAAUAAACAUUUUAACUGGUUUCCCAAGUUCCAACUCUAUUUUCUUAAUCCAAACUCAGUUGCUAGCCAAAAAAAGCAUAUCUCCUUGCUCAAUUUGUACUUUGUGAACCAAAAUACAAAUUGAACCAAAAAAGUGUUAUUAUAAGAUAUACAGUAUUUGUCUAUUUUGAUGUUUAAGUUUUUAUUUAAAAUAAAUAGCCACCUGGGAAGGAAUUAGAGUUGCAACUUGGAAAACAUGAUAAAUAGGUGUCACACACCAGAAAGUCUUUGUGACAGGUGCGUAGGAUCAAAAACAAAGAAUCCCACACACUUUAUUAAUGACGUUUCCAUCCUCACGUUUAGGUUAACGGUCCUUCUGGGUUUUUGACAGAUUGGCAGGUAUUUAUUGCCCAGAAAAAAAGAUGCCUUGCUUAGCUGUGACUAAAAUGUAAUGUUAAUACAUAAAUAACUGCGGUCUUGUGAUGGAAGGACUGAAGACUGUGGAUGUAUCAUGACAGGUGUGCGUGUGUGUGCGUGCGUGCGUGUGUGAGAGUAAUGUGCAGUGCAUGGAUGGAUCUCACUACCAAAAGACAUACUAUAUGUCAGAUAUUUCAUUGUUUUUUAAUUUUCAUGUUCAGCAUCUCUGUAAUACAUCUACAUGGUAGAAGGAGAAUAAAACAAGAUUUUUGUUUUGUAA